AUGGAGGCCACUCACUACCACCCUGGACAUUUUAUUAAUAGCCCUCCAGCUCCUGCCCCAAUCAGUUUUGGAGUGACGUCACCUCCGUCUUUGUUCACUCCCAUGCGGAGCCCCAGCAUGUUCCCGAGCCUCUCCGAUGCCAGUCGCUUCAGGGAUAUGCUGUAUCCAAACUUGAGCAUCCCACAGUCGCCUCUUUUAAGUGGUAUUCCGCCACCAAUGCCAACGACCAUGACCUCCAAUGCCAAUGCCAGUAGGCUUCAUCCGCCCAAAUCUGAGCCAGCUCAUGGUGCGAACUUUGACCGUCUCAGGAGCAACCCCAUGUUCCACGAUCUCCAAAUGCUUCUGGCACAUGAAUGCUCUCAGCUGAAGGUUCCUGCGAGUUUGAUCACAACCAGUUGGAACAUGUCCACCUUGGGUGCCCUUGGUCGUGCCCUGCCUCCUUCCCUCGCUCCAGCGGGGUCACCCAUGGGUUAUGGCUGCUCGCUCCCGCCCCAGCGUUCCUCCACGCAGGAAGUCUAUGUCAACCACAUGCAGCUUCAGGAUGACUUCAUUCGUCUACGCCUUGCCAGACCCGAACAAGGUCAUGUUUUACUACAGGUGGAGAAUUACUACAGCACGGAGGUAGGGCAUCUGGAGAUGUCACGUUACAAGGCCCUUGCCUCAAGUCUACACCACGAACAGACCAAACUCGCUCUCCAUGCUUACUAUGACAAGGAGCGGAUAACUCUUGUGAAAAAGAUCCGCACCAUGCUGACGGCACGCCUGGGGGAAUCUACAGUCACGUCACCUUCUAGGAGCGUUGAGGGUUCUUCCCAGCAGAGUUUGUCCAGAGUGGAUUCCACCAGCUCUGUGUCACCCAGUUCACAGAAAAUCUCACCAGGGUUUGUCUUCAGCGAUCGUGACGGACCGACCAGUGAACAAAAGCCGUGCAUUUCCUCCAGCGACAGUGACCACGAGGACAACAUCAGCGUGAACUCUUCAGACUUUGAGGAUGAGAUCUUCAGGAAAUCCGAUGACAGUGAGGACAACUCGGACAAUGCCAGAAAUCCUGCUUCUGAUGUGUCUCCAACGGAUUUCAGCACCAAGUUUGGCGUGAAAUGUUUCGGCACUCUCAACGAUGGUGAUAUGAUGGCCUUACCUUCUCAGUCUGACUGCACUCCAGGAAGUGUGAAUCAAGAUACACAGAGAGGGAGGAAGCGACUUUUUCCUGAGGAGGAUGUUAGCAGUAGCAUUCCGAUCGAAGAAAAGCCAAAGAAACGCCAGCGCCAGCUCAGUGCAGAGGCAACCAAGAUUCUGACUAACUGGUAUGAGAAGAAUAUCCACUAUCCUUACCCUUCAGACACGGCUGUUGAAGAGCUCGCUCAGGCAGGGGGGUUAACUGUGACUCAGGUGAAGAAGUGGAUGGCUAACAAGCGAGUGCGAUCAUAUAACACUCUCUCCUUCAGCGGUAAUGCCCAUCCAAUCAAAUUCAAGUUCCAGAACAAGAAGAGAUCACCCACAUCCAUCGACCAAUCAGACAAAGAGAACGUCAAUCUUGAGAAAUCUUCAGAAAACGGCAGCGGAAAUGGAAUCUGCAAACCACUUCAGCACAAGGCAAGGAAAGUCCUGACCGACUGGUACAACCACCAUCUGCAUAAUCCCUACCCAACGGACGAAGAAAAACUCCAGCUCGCUAUGCAAGGGGGGAUAACCGUGUCACAAGUCAAGUCCUGGUUCGCCAACAAGAGGAGCCGCACCAACAACACCAGACGACAGGUCCCCAACUACUUCAUCAAGAAAUACCCCAGUUACCUCCCUUACAUCGAGAUGAUCUCCCAGCGACGCCAGUCUGCGAAGAGGAAGCAGGAGCAGCAAGCUUCACCAGUUUUCCCUGGCCAUAUGAUGUACUAAGAACUUUGGCUAUUCCAUCAGUCUCUCUCUCUUCUCCCAGCACUAGUGCUCUACUUAUUACACUGGUGAUGCUAGCUAAGUGUAAUGAGUGUACAUAGCUUAUUUAUUAGUAACUCUAUUUGUUAUUGGCGAAAAUCUGUUUCUGAAAUACUGAACGUUUCGUUAUUCAUGAGAUAAUAGUUCCAGCUGCAGAACUUAGAAGAAUUUCUAUACAUUUAAUUACAAAGACUGUUAUGUAUAGCUAAUAGCGAUUUUUCGGGGGAAUCCCCCUGGAUACUUAACCCGUGCUUGUAAACCAACUACGUAAUAGCUGUUGGAUCUUUCUUCAGUAGUCAUGGAUUAAACUGUAGCUUUGUCCUGUAUAUAUUGCUAACACUUGUACAUACUGUAAAUAAUAAAACCAUACCAUAUGCCCUGAAUUUGCUCUUAUCUGGCUCUCU